AGGAGGGAGGGCUACCGUGGGGGCUGUCAGGGGUAAGUGGUUGAGGGCCAUGAUGGGCGAAGCGGCCGUGGCCGCGGGACCUUGUCCGCUACGUGAGGAUAGCUUCACGCGCUUCUCGUCGCAGAGCAAUGUCUACGGGCUGGCGGGAGGCGCGGACGGGCGCGGGGAGCUGCUGGCUGCCACCCUUAAAGGAAAGGUGCUGGGCUUCCGCUACCAAGACCUCCGACAGAAAAUUCGGCCCGUGGCCAAGGAGCUGCAGUUCAACUACAUUCCCGUGGAUGCCGAGAUCGUCUCCAUUGACACCUUCAACAAGUCGCCCCCAAAGCGAGGCCUGGUUGUGGGGAUCACAUUCAUCAAGGAUUCAGGGGACAAGGGCAGCCCCUUCCUUAACAUCUACUGUGACUAUGAGCCUGGCUCUGAGUACAACCUGGACUCCAUUGCCCAGAGCUGCCUGAACCUAGAGCUCCAGUUCACCCCUUUCCAGCUGUGCCAUGCAGAGGUCCAGGUUGGGGAUCAACUGGAGACUGUGUUUCUCUUGAGUGGGAAUGACCCAGCCAUUCAUCUCUAUAAGGAGAAUGAGGGGCUGCAUCAGUUUGAAGAGCAGCCUGUGGAAAACCUCUUCCCAGAGCUCACAAACCUGACCAGUAGUGUCCUCUGGCUUGAUGUCCACAACCUGCCUGGCACCUCGCGGCGACUUUCAGCUCUCGGCUGUCAGAGUGGUUAUGUCCGUGUGGCCCACGUAGACCAGCUGAGUCGAGAGGUUCUGCAAACGUGGACGGUCCUGCAGGAUGGCCCCAUCUCUCGAGUGAUUGUGUUCAGCCUCGCGGCCCCUGAGGAGGCCAAGGACAGGCCCCAGCGGGAAGAGUACAGCGUGCUCGUGGCCAGCAUGUUGGAGCCGGCAGUGGUGUAUCGGGACCUGUUGCACCAGGGCCUUGAUGAUCAGCUUCUCCUGCCCGGCAGUGACCAGUUUGACAGCGUCCUCUGUGGCCUGGUCACUGACGUAGAUUUGGAUGGGCGGCCGGAAGUCCUGGUGGCCACCUAUGGACAGGAGCUGCUCUGCUACAAGUACUGCAGGCCACGGUCCGGGGGCCCCGAGGCCGAGAGCGGAUUCCACCUGUUGUGGCAGAGGAGCUUCUCCAGCCCGCUGCUGGCCCUGGCACACGUGGACCUGACUGGGGACGGGCUGCGGGAGCUCGCUGUGGUCUCCCUGAAGGGCGUGCACAUCCUGCAGCACAGCCUGAUCCAGGCCUCAGAGCUGGUCCUGACCCGGCUUCAGCAUCUAGUGGAGCAGAGGAGACGUCAGCCACAAAGACUGGGGGACUGAGGGGGUCCAGGGCCUGCUGAGACCCCAGCCUCCUGAGCGCCCAGGCCUGGGGGCAGUUCACUGGGGUAAUCACCUCCACCAUUUAUGGUGGGGGAGCAUCCUGAGGAGGGGAUGGUCUCCCCAGAUCCCACAGGGGGAUGGAGCUGCGAGUUCCUACUGCGGCUCUGCCCCAGUGUGCCCUGUAGCCCCUUUCUGUGCCUCAGUGUCCCCCGUUGAAAAUGGGAUGGUCUCACCCAACCCCCUUCCCAUUCCCCACGAGAACUGGUCAACCAACAAGUAUGUAUAAGUCAGAAGAAAGAACUGGACUUUCAGUCGUCUUCAUUCUUUUGUCCAACAAGCAUUAAAUGAGCGUCUGCUGCCUGCCAGGCUGUGUUGGAUGCUGCCUCCACCCAGAAGCGUGGAAGGAGGAGGAUAUGGGGAGAAGAUACAAAGUUGGACCCAGAAGCAGGCCUAAGGAGAGAUGGUGGUGUAGACCUCAGAGGAAGGAAAUCCAGUGAGUUAGGCCCUAGCAGAGAAGCUGAUGCUAAAGCGCACAGAAAAGACUAGAAUAUCAGGACAGAGGGUAAACCCCAGUGGAAAGCUCUGCAUCUGAGCUUAGGUCCCAGUGGGAAGAUAAGGAAACUGAGCCUCAAAAGAAAGGACAUGGGUGAAAGGACUGCUCUGGUCAAAUUGCAGCAGAGGGUCUGAGGCUAGACCCCCAGUGAGUAAUGCUGAGGUCAGACCCUAAUAAAAAUUACCGUGGUUAGACCCUGUGCCAAGGGCCAAGGUUAGACCCCUCGCAGAAAGUAAUUGAGUUUAGAUCACAGAUGGGGAGCGCUGAGGUGGGACCCGGGCAGAGAGCACCCAGGAUAUUCCAUGCUGGAAAGGACUAAGGUUAGACCUCAUUGAAAAGCCGAGGGGCUUGGGGGACCAGGGAGCCGGGCACAGGCUGAUUUCCCUAGCCCGUGGCCGUAGCAGCUGCCCCCUUCUGUGGCCCAUUCCAUGGCAGCAGGAGAAGGAAUCAGGGGCCUACAUGGCAGGGACUAGAGGAGGGCAGGGCUGCCAGAAGAAAUCUUGCCCUCCCCCAUCACAGACCAGGAAUAGAAUCCGGGUCAGGAGGGCUGGGGAGUAAUUCUUGAGUGGGAUCCAGGCUGGUGGGGAGAGUGGGCUCCUUCCUCCCCGGGGCAGGAGUUGAGGGGAGCUCCUGCUUCCUGGGCGAGAGGGGCAGGAACCGCAGUCAUUCCGGCCGCCCGUCCACCUCCUGCUACGGAUGUCCCCUCAUUCAUCUGACCACCUGUGCUGACCAAGUGGUAAAGACCAAGGUGCCAGCUCUCCGCAGUGGGUUUUUAGGAAGUAGGGGCUCACGGAUUCUUGUCCACACGUCUUCAUCUCUGUCUCCCAGAACUUGAGCCCGAGCGUGGGAAAUGGCAGGGAGCUGGACCUGCUCCCUUCUCCUGGCAGCAGGCCCAAGGGUGUCCAGCCAGGACUGGCGGUGGGCACUGGCAGGGGCCCCUCCCUCCUGCUGCCUGCCUGCUGGGUGGGAGUGGGAUCCUGGGGCGGGAUUUGGGGUAAGUUGAGUUAGGGAUGGUGCUGGUCUGUGAAGCGUGUAUGCAUGAUGUAUCCAUUUCAGGGCUUGUGAGUGUGUGUCUCCAAGCCUGGGCCACCCUCCUGGCCCUUCGCGGUACAUCUCCUGCCCCCUUGCCAGCUCCUCAGCAGGGACAGUGUGCUGUGUAGCGGUUCAGGGGGUAGAGCCUGGAGCCACGCUUUGCCACUGUGUGCCUCGGUUUUCCCAUUUAUACAAUGUCGCUAAUAGCACCUAUGUCACACGGUGGUUAGGAGGGUUGUGUCGGUGCACAAAUUUGUAACAAUGUCUGGCACAUGGUAAGGGACCGAAUGAAUGGUAACUUGUUAUUAUUAUUAA